GUGUAUGUCACCGAGUUUGCACAAUACGGGAGUUUACAAAACUUAAUGAAACACAAAACAAGUGAUGAUGUUGAUAUGAAAAUAAGAAUUAAAUUUAUGAUAGAUGCAGCAAAAGGGAUAUUGUAUUUACAUGAAAACGGGAUAUUACACAGAGACAUCAAGCCAAAUAACAUUCUUGUUUUUUCAAUCAAUAUAAAUGAAAAAAUAAAUGCAAAGUUGACCGAUUUUGGGAGUAGUAGAAAUAUUAACAUGUUAAUGACUAACAUGACAUUUACAAAAGGUGUUGGUACACCAGUUUAUAUGGCGCCAGAAGUUUUAAAACAUGAGAAAUACAAUAAAUGCGCUGAUUUGUAUUCAUUUGGAGUCACAAUGUGUCAAUGUUUUAAGUGGGGAGAUGUAUAUUUGAAUAAACAUUUUAAAUUUCCAUGGCAAAUAGCAGAAUUUGUUAGUGAUGGUAAUAGGGUUGAACAACCAAAAGAAAUAUCAUCAGAAUUGUUUGAUAUAAUCACAAAGUGUUGGUGCCAAAAACCAGAAGCAAGACCUUCUAUUGAAGAAACUGUGUUUCUAUUGAAUAAAAACGACAUGCGAAUACAAUUUAAUUAA